CCGUCCCGGUGUACAACCACACCGAGCCCAUCCUCGUCUCCUCUUUGACGCAGCAGCGGAUCCGAAUCCUGUUCUACGACGAGAACCAGUUUAGCUCGUCCGAUUUCUUGGGCAUGCUCGAUCUGCCGAUUACGUCGGCGAUAUCUUGGGGCGAGGCGGAGCAGAGGCUACCGCUGAUGGACGAGUCUGGCCAGCAGCGCGCCACGGGCCACGUGUGGCUGUCGGCCGAGUGGAGGCCGUUGUCAAUGGACCUGAACCGCGCGGCACUGGACAAGGCGUGCUUCGUCUUCGCCGGCCUGUACGGCGCCUCCGGCGUGCCCGUCCUGGGGCAGGGCGCCGAGCACUGGGUGGGCGCCGUCUGCUCGCGGUCGCUGCCGCUGUCGCCGCACCCAGCCGCGCAGGAAACCCAGCAUCUGCCAGACACUGGCGCUGACCAGGAGGAGAUGGACAGCCAGGUCCGCACAACGAAGAAGAAGCUCGCCUGCCUCGAGAGCCACGACAUGCGGAGGGAGGAGAUCGCGUGGGUGCUGGGAGUGGACCCCGACGUCCUGGAGAGGAUGCACGACCGGGACCUCGGGCUGGCCUCGAGCGGCACACAGGACUUCAGCUACGGCCACGCCUUCCAGUUCCUGGUCUCGAACUACAAGGAGGCCGUCGUGACGUUCACGCUGCUGGCGAGAGAAGCGGGUGCGCAGGAGCCCGUGGCGCUCGGCGCGCACCCCUUCCCGGUUGCCGAGCUCCUCGGAGCCGAGCGGCGCGUGCUCCGGAAGAAGCUGCGGACGGCGGCAGG